AUGAAGAAGCUCAACUGGUUACUGUUGCCUGUUAUCGUCACAGCGAUAGAAGUAGAGUCAUGCUACCAAGAAACGAUUCAACUCCAGCCCUACGAUUCGAUGGAAUUGACGACAAGGGGGUAUCCGGGAGACCUAGAAGAAACUGUUUCGUGCUUGUAUAAGUUUGUUGCACCUUUAGGAUAUCGGCCCGCAAUUCAAUUUAUGGAAUGGUCGAUUCCUAACUGCGCGCUCUCCAAAUUCAACGUCUACGAUUCAAAGGGCCAAAACAGCUACAGUUCGUUCUGUGGUGUUGGAACUCCAGCUCCGCUGACGGCGAAAGGGAGAUUUUUAGACAUCGACUUUUCCUUCCUCGGCCGGAUCGGUUCUGCUUGGGGAGGCGGCACAGGAGUACGAGUCAGGAUUCACGUGGCUCUUGUCAGAAGAGCGGGAUGGAAGCCGGAGAGAAACUCUCAGCCUGAAUUUAGAUCUACAGCAGUGAAAGCGACUUCUUACAAGCGGACUUCAACGCAAAACGACUGGAGCUGGACGAAAGAAGACAGUCUUCGAUUGGCAGUUGUUGGCUCACUGGUGUUUUUGGUCAUUCUCGGAGGAUUGCUUUUCCACUUCAAUAUGAAAAAAGAGGAACAAAUGGCAACGAACGGGGAAGGCCCGAUGAAGGGGCACCCGCGGCCCACUGGAUACCGUGCCUAUCUGGAAAAGGUCAAGAUCACGCCGAAUGACCAAACGAGCUCGACUGAUGCGGGCGAAUCGACCGACAGAAGUUCUAACACCGAGAGCAGCCAAGUUAACGGAUCUCUAACCUUUAAAUUCCCAAAUCCAUCACGUUUUUCAAUUAUUGACAAGCAAAUCAUCAAAGAAAAGAAGUUCACCAGACGACCCCAGCGAAAACAACGAAGACCAAGGAAGGAGUCAUUUAGAUCGCCAAUGGAGCGCUUUCAGUUCGACAUCUCCCAAGCCUUCCGAAGAAGUGGAUACGACUUGGAAAGCCAAAUCUCCAACUCUUCAGAUUAUUCGCAAGAAGAAACGACGCAAACUGGUCGAGAUCCUUCGAUGCCUUCAGCCGUACCUGAGAAUCCAAUGAACAGCAGCCACGGAGCGCCAGCCGGCCGCCAAACGCGUUACAAAGACGAGCAUUACGAGCGUUGGAGUCACCGAAACAAACCUAAACGCAGCGAAACAAUGCGCGAGAAGAUUAAACGAGCAUUUUCCAUCAAAUCCGUCAAAGAAACAUUUGGGGCCGUAAAUCGGGAAAAAUCCCGGCUUUACGGGCCGCAUGCGCGUCCCGCUAUGAGACAGCGAAAGGCUGAAAACAACGAAUCCUAA